AUGGCACGCUUAUUAUUUGAUAACAUUGAGAACAAGGAUGUUGUUUCUCGGAGCAGUAUGAUUAGAAGCUAUGAUAGGAGUGGGUUGCUUCAUGAAGCAUUGGACUUUUUGAGAGAUACACAUCUUAUGAGAGUUAAGCCUAGUGAAAUUAGAAUGAUAAGCAUCACACAUGUCUUGGCAGAACUUGCUGAUUUGAAAUUGGGGAAAGCCAUGCUUGCUUAUGUAAUGAGAAAUGGGAAGUGUGGAAAAUCAGGAGUUCCUCUAUGUACUGCUUUGAUUGAUAAGUAUGUUAAAUGCGAAAAUUUAGCUUAUGCGAGAAGGGUUUUUGAUGGCUUGUCUAAGGCUAGUAUCAUUUGUUGGACUGCUAUGAUUGUAGCCUAUAUUCAUUGCAAUAAUUUGAAUGAAGACUCAGUGAAAGGUGACAAGGUGUUUGCUAAAUCAGAUGGACAUUCUAAUAACCAUAAAUCUAAUGGUAAGAACCACAACUCCACCAAUAUGCCUAGUGAUUUGACAAGUGCAAGGGAUCAUGGACUGGACAACAAAAAACAAGAAGUUGUUGUUGCUGUAGGGAAUGGUUCUGAUAAUUUCUAUGAUGGACUUGGGUGCUGUCAUAUAACAGCUACUGCAAGCAAAGGAUUUUCACCUGAAUAG